UACAUUUCAUUACACAGCUAGCUACCACAGCAUCAAAAUCCACCAACUUGGAAGCCAUUGUCAGCUUUCAGCCAUGUUUUCUAACCUCCUAUUGUGGUUUCUUCUCAUGAGAAUUGCAGCUUCUGAAGGCAACGACGAGUUCAUUUACAACGGAUUCCACGGUUCUAACAUAAGCCUGGACGACUCGGCAGAAAUCACAUCCAACGGCCUCCUACUUCUCACCAAUUCCACAAAUCAAAAAGGCCAUGCCUUCUACCCCAUUCCCCUCCACUUCAAACCUUCACACGGUAAAAUUCAAUCUUUCUCUACCAAUUUCGUCUUUGCAAUCGUACCCCAGUAUCCGAAUCUAAGUGGCUCCGGCGCCGCCUUUGUGAUCUCACCCUCGAAGGAUCUCAGCAAAGCUAAGCUGGGCCAAUACAUGGGAAUCUUCAAUCCGAAGAACAACGGCAAUUCCUCGAAUCACAUUGCCGCCAUUGAGCUUGACACAGUCCAUAAUGAAGAUUUCCAUGAUAUAGACGAUAACCAUGUUGGAAUCGAUCUUAAUGGCUUAGAUUCAAUCGGGUCCGAUCCUGCAGCUUACUUCAGUAAUAUGAGCGGCGGGUUUCAGAAUCUAAGCCUUAUAAGCGGAGAACCGAUGAAUGUUUGGGUAGAAUACAAUGGUCUCCGAAACCUUCUCAAUGUAACAUUAUCUCCUAUCAACAUAUCUAAACCCGAACUUCCACUUGUGUCGUCGACGGUGAAUUUUUCAUCGAUCUUGGCAGAUGACAUGUAUAUUGGUUUCUCUUCAGCAACCAGUAAAGCUCCAACAUCUCAUUACAUCUUGGGAUGGAGCUUUAAGAUGAACGGUCAAGCUAAGGCCCUUGAUCCCUCGCUCCUUCCUAAGCUUCCAGAAAGAAUAUUAGGACCCAAAAAGAAAUCGAAGUUUUUGUCAAUUGGGUUACCUGUAAUUUUGCUAUUUUUCAUUUUAACGGUCACUUCGGCGGUCGGUAUUAUCGUGAGAAGGAAGAUUAAGUUCGCAGAAAUACUAGAAGAUUGGGAACGUGAAUUAGGGCCACAUCGGUUCUCAUACAAGGAUCUAUUCAUGGCCACAAAGGGCUUCACAGACAAAGAGCUACUUGGGGUCGGAGGUUUUGGUAGGGUUUAUCGAGGUGUGCUGUCGUCGUCGAAGAUAGAAGUGGCUGUGAAGAGAAUUUCUCAUGAAUCUCAACAAGGGAUGCGGGAAUUCAUAUCGGAGAUCGUGAGCUUGGGUCGUCUCCGUCAUCGGAACUUGGUGCAACUUCUCGGUUAUUGCCGGCGAAAGAGAGAGCUCUUACUGGUCUAUGAUUUCAUGCCUAAUGGAAGUCUGGACAAGAUCCUAUUUGAGCAUCCAAAUUCAAUGCUGAGUUGGAGCCAACGGUUUCGGAUAAUCAAAGGAGUAGCUUCAGGGCUUCUCUACUUGCAUGAGGAAUGGGAUCAGGUCGUCCUUCACAGAGACAUCAAAGCCAGUAAUGUUUUGUUAGAUAGUGAGAUGAACGGUAGAUUAGGCGAUUUCGGCCUUGCUAGAUUGUAUGAUCAUGGUACUGAUACACAGACGACCCACAUAGUUGGGACCGUCGGAUAUCUUGCGCCGGAGCUGACUAGGACUGGGAAGGCUACCACAAGCACUGAUGUAUUCUCAUUUGGAGCUUUCAUACUGGAGGUUGCUUGCGGGAGGAGACCUAUCGAUACUCGAUCGUCGGUAGGUGAGGUGAUCUUGGUCGAAUGGGUGUCGGAAUGCUGGAGGAGAGGGAGUAUUCUGGUGGCUGCAGAUCCGAAACUGGGACUGAACUAUGAAGUGGAGGAGAUGGAAUUGGUGUUGAAGCUUGGAUUGCUUUGUUCGCAUCCGUCGUCGGAUGAGAGGCCGAGCAUGCGGCAAGUAAUGCAGGUUUUGGACGGCGAUGUUCCUUUGCCUGAGCUCUCAUCGGACGGUCUACGAGCAGCGAUCACGACGGUGGGCCUUCAUCAAGGGUUCGAUGAUUUACGGUUGUCGUAUCCUUCUUCAAACGGGUUCGCAAGCACGUCAUCGCUGCCAGGAUCGAUCCUCUCCGGUGGCCGUUGAUGGACGAUGGUAAGGUGUUUAACGAUGGUGUGAGUUUGCUACGUUUUAACGAAUCCAUAGCAUAGCUGGAAGAUAGAAAAUAGGGUUGACGUUGACGAGAAAGUAGCUACUUGUGGUUGACGUGUAUCCUUUUUUGUCGUUUAGCUUUAUGCCACUUUUGUUAAAACGUAGCAGAAGCUCAUUGUAAAGAUUUCAAUGUUUUAGUAGAUGGGAGUAAACGUGUGGACCUGCAAUGUCGAUGAA